AUGGCCGUGUCCUGGGAGAGAGAUUUCCGACUGGCCUGGCAAGACAAGCUGCCGAUGAAGAUCCUGGAGCGGAAUCCCGGCCACUCCCUGCCGGUGCUGUGUCUCCUGCGGAAGAGGCAGGAGCUGGCGGAUGUGGACCGGGGCCUGCGGGCCCAGAAGGAGGUGUUCCAGAACAGGAUGGCAGUCCUGAUGCAGCGCCGGGAACAGUUGGAACAGAAGAAGCAGGAGCUAAAGGGGUCCUUUUUCCGCUUUGACAAGUUCUUGCAGGACGCCGAGGCCCGACGUAGCCGCGGGAUGCGGAGGGCGGCGGAGGAGCGACACCGCGCGGGCCGCCAGGAGGCCGAGGCGCUGCGGCUCCGGGCCCAGCUCGCCGAUCUGCAGCGGGAGCGCGCGCGGCUGCAGCGCCGGCUGGAGCGCCUGGGGCCCUGCGCGCGGCUGCUGGAGCAGGUGCUGGGGCUGCUGCCGGAGGCCCGGUGA